AUGCCAAACUCGGCAAACCCGCCUUGCUGCUAUCGGGGUAACGAAUCUUCAAAGGCUGGUCUUGAAAUACAGCUCAAAAUACUGCAAACAUUACCGUCUCUGUUUCGGUUCUAUGCAGAUAACCUUACUGGCGCUCUUCUUGCCAGCACGCUAGAGAUAUGUGCUACUCUACAAAACAGCAAGACCACAGCAGUAUCGAACACAGCCGCUGCCACUCUCCAGCAAUUAGUCAUUGCUAUUUUUGAGAAGGUCUCUCAGGAAGAUAGUAAAAACGGGAGUGAUGUAUCAUAUACCACUAUUUCCGUUGAAGGCCAGAAGCUCGAGGUCUCUACAUUUAGUUACGAUGCCUUUCGGAUACUAGAAGAUUUGUGCCGCCUGCUCGAGGGUGAACAACUCACAUACUUGAACAUCAAAUCGCUCUCUAAGAUUUUCAUACUGGAAUUGAUUGAAAGCAUUCUAGUCAAUAACACUUCCAUUUUUGCCAACCACCCAGAACAUACACAAGUCCUUCGGCAUAGACUAUUACCUUUGGCAGUCAGAUACCUGUCUGAACGUCAGUCAUUUUCCUUGACUGUCCGUGUUGCGAGGAUAGCACUAUAUAUUUUGAAAGCCCACUUAUCCUUGUUAACCGUUGAAUGCGAGGUAAUCCUCUCGCUUUUGAUUCAUCUAAUCGACACAGAAACUUCUUUGCCCUGGAAGCGGGUGCUUUGCAUGGAGAUCUUUAGGUCCCUAUAUACCGAACCGGGUAUCAUCCGACUUAUGUAUACGCUCUUUGAUAAGGAAGAAGGUCGCAAAGCUGUACUAAAGGAUCAUAUGUCAUGCCUAGUGAGGCUUUCCUCUGAAAAAUCUUCACUGAUCGGCCUUGGCCAUCAAUCCACGAUACCAUUAGCACCACAAACAGGCAAAGACACGAUGGAAGAUCAGGUCACCCUUGAGUCAGUUGGAGUGAGUGGCAUAAUCGGGAGCCCGUCGAAUAAGUCAGAGAUGUGUGGCAUUAGCACUCAGUGGAGCCUCCUUCGAGUGCCAUAUAUUGAAACGCUCGACAAAGUCGACUCUCCUUCACCUCCAGAUACAUAUAUAUACAGUCUAGUACUCAACUGCAUAGCAGCGUUCUCCGAAAGCAUGGCGAAGUUCAUCAUCCCGCUGGCUGUUGCUGAAUCGAAGAGCAAGCGGAAACGCAAUACCUCAAGUUCAGACAAGGAGCGCAAUUCCAACCAGCAGGACGCUGGUCGCAAAGAGCCGACGGGAAGAUCAUCCAUUCCUCCAAAUCCUCUUGAGUUAAACUCCCAUCCUCAAAUUUCUGAUAUUCAAGCAACUGCUGGUAUCAUCGAGGUCUGCUGGCCAGCGAUACUGGCCACUUCGUCUACUUUCUUAUACGCAGCGCUAGAUGGAGAAUUUUACCACUCCCUGGUCCGAGCAUUCCAAAAGCUGGCUCAUGUUGCCGGUCUGUUGAGGCUUGCAACUCCCCGGGAUGCGUUCCUGACGACCCUUGGGAAAGCAGCAGUACCUACGGAUCUCCCAGGGCCCAAUCCUGAUGGUAGCACUCUUAACUCGCCUGUUAUCGAUAAUACCAACCAACGACCAAGUGUUUCAGAGGCCACUAACUCGCCUGUCGAUAGCCCUAUUCAUAUGCUCAACACCAGGAAUCUACUAUGCCUACGAGCACUCUUAAACUUAGGUAUCGCUCUUGGGCCAACUUUGGACCGCGAUGCUUGGUCCAUCAUUCUUGAGACUCUCCAAAAUGCAGAACUAGUCAUCAACGCAACAAGUUCGACCUUCGUAUCAAUGCCAACGGACCCGGCCCUAGAGGCCAAGAACUUGAACUCCGAUACCCCAAAAUCCAAUCUUGGGCCUGAAAUCAUGGCUGUACAGGCAGUAACCAAUAAACUUUGCGAAAGCACAGGCGAUUAUACAAACUCUGCAUUCAAAACCUUUCUCAUGACUUUGUUGAGCUUGCCUGAAAGCUUUAUGAAGGACUCAGAAACUCCUUCUAGUCAGAAACAAUCCUCGCCUCUUCUCACGCAAGGACAAAAUGGGGGAAGAAUUCACCAAAAUAAACGCAGCUUGUCUGUGGCACUAGGGCGCAACAGGGUGCGCGAGGAUGAGUUGAAGUUUGUGCUAGAGAAGACACAUGCCGUUGCCAAAGCAAAUAUAGAACGGCUUUCUCUCUCAAAGGACGAAGGUAUAUGGGAGCUUCUGGUCAAGAAUCUUUUGAAAACGAUCCAGAACGAUCAGAUUAGCUCCGCACUACGCCUCAAGGCCAGCGACGUGACUAAUACGGUGAUCUCAAAUACCAUCAAACUCACAGAAUCUACUGAAGAAGAGUCAAGGAAUAGUGUUCAGCUUCGUGGAUUACACGCUUUGAAGUCGCAAUCAUCCAUUCCAUUCCAUGGGAGGCGGUCAAGCUCUUCAUCCCGUGCGGUGGACCUAGAAGUCCAUGAAUUUGCUCUCGAAACCUUGAAGUCUAUUCUGGAGGGUUCCGGUCAAUCAGUCGUUGCAGGAUGGAAUUUGGUAUUUGAGUUAAUAUCAAGCGUAUUUGACAAUGAAAUACAAUCUCUUACGGAGACCGAUGAGAACCAAAGACCAAUCCAGCCAACACCCAACAACCCGAAAUUGGCAAAAAUAAAGUCUCAAAAACUCCUACGAACUGCGUUCGACUCCCUGCAACUCAUAGCAUCGGACUUCUUAUCACUACUUCCAGCUUCAUGUCUACUUGAGCUUGUAGAAUGUUUCUACAGCUUUGCAUCUCAAAAGGAAGAUUUUAAUAUCUCACUAACAGCCACGACGUCAUUCUGGAAUAUAUCGGACUUCCUUCGAGUUCAGAUCGAUCGAUUCUCUUGUGAAGAUGAGAUUACUGUUUCGACCAGUGAAGCGCAGAUUGUAGAGAUUGCCCAAAGCCCAUAUAACUCUUCGUCAACAAGCGCGCUGUGGUUACUCUUGCUUCUGAGGAUGGUUGAUCUCACAGUCGAUACCCGCACUGAAGUACGAAACAGUGCGAUCCAAACAAUGCUUCGAAUAUUGGAUAAUUCAAGUGAACAGUUAUCCCCCGCUAUAUGGCACCUGUGCUUAAACAAGAUACUUUUUGUUAUGGCAGAGGCUGUCCAAGCUAAGACUGCUAAAUCUAUGGGAUCUUCGCCGGAGAAUCCCGAAGAGCUGAAGCCCUGGGUGGAUACUUCAGUGUUAUUGAGCAAAGGUCUAUCAAAUCUUAUCGCUACCUAUUUUACUACAAUUAUCAGGAGCGAGGAUUUUCAUAAAUCUUGGACAAGGUUGCUCCUUUUCUAUGAACCACUUAUCAAGCUAGAUUCGCUGGAUCUUAAGGAGGCCAUUUUCUCGAGUUUGUCCCAAAUACUCUCCUGUAUACAAACACCCGAAGAUAUUGGUAUCAACUUGGUUCAACAGGCCUGGGAUGUUUGGGCGAAUGGUAAUAUAGUUUCCAAAGAUGUGAAGCCGGACUAUGAGCAUUCGAACCAGAGUGGGCUGCUGGCUUACUUCAAAGCCUACAGGCAGCUCUACAGGCUACUUAAUAAUCACUUGGGUGAACAGCAGAUACUCGAUGCCUUACAGAAUACCCAAUUAGCGGUUGAACAAUCGAUCCAUUCCAAAUACUCUCCGGAUAUCGAGACACCCUCCGAGUUACAGACUCAGAUACUAGAGUGUUUUAGGACCCUUUGUGCUGAUAAACCCAACUCACAGUCGGCAAUCAUGGAUAGCCUUUCCACUUUUUUUCAACUGCCCAUGGUCAAUUGGACACCACAAGCUGACCGAGCCAAACCAACCUUUGUUGCGCUAUCCAAAUCCUCAAUGAAGCUUUUAAGCUGGUAUAUAGGCGAAAAUGGAUUGAAACCUAAUGUCCUGCCGGAUGGUGUGCUGAGCAACACCCUUGAACGACUGACGUCUCCAAUAUUUGGCAAGUACAAGUGGCUAGGCAAGGAUGGCAGUCCACCGCUAUGGCAGACGGCAACGACGGCUUCUCUAGACCUCAUAGAAAUUGCUGUUGGAUACGUUGAGGCCCAAUAUUCGACUUGUGACCGUACUAUUACAGAGCGCUUUUGGGCAUCGGUAGUUGAGGUCGUAAAAGCAGUUGUCUCUUGCGGAGAAUACACAAAUCUAAACCUAACACCAUCAACCUUGUUAUCUGACGAGCAAUUCGAUAUUGCUGCCUUUGAACGACUCCGUGGCAUGAUAAUCCCAGCCCUUGGCUCAUCAUUCGUCUCUCCGAAGAUCCGGAGAGACUUUGCCUUUGUUCUGUUUAAUUCUUCACAUGUCUAUCCACCACAGCGAUUGGAUCUGCCCGAUAACUCGGCACAAAAGGAACCUCUCCGCGAUCUAUAUAAGGUCCGACGCGGCCGCACUCAUGGCCCACAGCCAACGAUGCGGAGCAAACUAUCAUAUGUGCUAGUUGAUACGCUAUUUGACCUUGCGUCUGUUCGCAAACGGGCCGCAGGAGAGAGCCAAGCUUCAUCGCCAAAUUUUGUGACACCGUAUAUAUACCUUGCAAAAUCUGUGUCACCGUACCUUAUCUUACGCUGUGCCUUGCCCUUGAAAUCAUAUAUCGCCGACCAACCACUUCUGGGGCUUAUGCCACAACCCAUAAUUUCAAGGAAGGAAUUGAUGUACCUCCUAACCCGAUUGGUUGAUUUGAAGAGUGAGCCAACUGCCAUCCCAGCAGCUGGUCCUAGCGUUCCUAUAGGGGGGCCAAACGACUCCCCAGACGACGACGAGGAGGAUGAGGAGGAAAGCGGUAGCUCCACAACAGCAAGGUUCAAAAAACAUCUUGGGUGGAUGUAUCCCCUUGUUAUCCGUGCAAUAACAGUUGCCGGCAAAGAAUCCAAAGAUCGUCAAGUUCUGGAUGCGCUGACAAAAGUCUUAGAGGGCAUACAGGGGUAG